AAAAGCCAGAACCCAGAACCUCCCUCACAAUUCCAGACUUCCUCACAGUUCGAAGUUCCAACUGAAAAACGUCCACCAGGUUUACUCCUUCCCCAAGUUUCCUCCUUUUUCAUAGUAGAAGAACCCUAAAGCCUGCAAACCCACCGGAGAAUCCCAAGUUCCGCUCUUCUCAGAGGCCCAAUUCGUCGAACGAAAUGUCUGCCAGAACGGCCAGGCUUGCAAGGUCCGCCUACGGUGCUGUGAAGGCAGGGAAGAGCCGUUGCUUCUCCUCUCUCCACCACCGUCGGCCCUUACCAUCUAACCCCACUGAACUCUCCCGUGCGGUAAUCGCCUCGAACGGUAUCUCAUUUAUCGAUUCUUCUUCUGCACCAGCCGGAAUUGCAGAUGGAGUUGCUGACAAGAUAUUACUGCCGAAGUCUGUCAACCACAUCAAUAGAAGUUUCAGCCGCCAAUACCAGACUUCCUCCCCCUCGUACUCCAGCGGGAGCUCCUCACAGAUUAAUCAGUCGGAAUACACUGAGAUGGCAUGGGAGGGAAUUGUUGGGGCUGUCGAUGCUGCAAGGAUUAGCAAGCAACAAGUAGUGGAAUCUGAACAUUUAAUGAAAGCUCUUCUGGAGCAAAGGGAUGGUCUGGCACGGAGGAUUUUCACAAAGGCUGGCGUUGACAAUACAUCAGUUCUACAGGCUACAGAUGACUUUAUCAACCAACAACCUAAGGUUGCAGGUGACACUAGCGGGCCUAUACUGGGUUCUCAUCUUAGGACUCUGUUGGACAAAGCAAAAAAGUAUAAGAAAGAAUUUGGUGACGAUUUCUUGUCCGUGGAGCACUUGGUACUAGCAUUCCUUUCGGACAGAAGGUUUGGACAACAGUUAUUCAAGAAUCUCCAGCUUGGUGAGAAGGAACUGAAGGAUGCUGUUCAAGCUGUUCGUGGAAAUCAACGAGUAACUGAUCAAAAUCCUGAAGGAAAAUACGAGGCGUUAGAAAAAUAUGGGAAUGACUUGACUGAACUCGCUAGGCGUGGUAAACUUGAUCCAGUUAUUGGUCGGGAUGACGAGAUUCGACGUUGUAUCCAGAUAUUAUCUAGGAGGACCAAAAAUAAUCCUGUCAUCAUUGGUGAGCCUGGUGUUGGAAAAACUGCAAUUGCUGAAGGAUUAGCUCAAAGGAUUGUUCGGGGGGAUGUUCCUGAACCUCUACUGAAUCGGAAGUUGAUCUCACUUGAUAUGGGCUCACUUAUUGCUGGUGCUAAAUUCCGUGGAGACUUUGAAGAAAGGUUAAAAGCAGUUUUGAAGGAAGUCACUGCUUCCAAUGGGCAGAUCAUUUUAUUUAUUGAUGAGAUCCACACUGUUGUUGGUGCUGGGGCCACAAGUGGGGCGAUGGAUGCUGGCAAUUUAUUGAAACCGAUGCUUGGUCGAGGUGAGCUCCGGUGUAUAGGAGCAACAACAUUGAAUGAGUACCGAAAAUACAUUGAAAAGGAUCCUGCUCUGGAGCGUAGAUUCCAGCAGGUGUUUUGCGGUCAGCCAUCUGUAGAAGACACAAUUUCCAUUCUUCGUGGAUUACGUGAACGUUACGAGCUACACCACGGUGUCAAAAUAUCAGAUAGUGCCCUUGUUUCAGCAGCAGUUCUUUCGGAUCGGUACAUUACUGAGCGGUUUUUACCUGACAAAGCCAUUGAUCUCAUUGAUGAAGCAGCUGCAAAACUUAAAAUGGAGAUCACUUCAAAGCCCACUGAAUUGGAUGAAGUAGACAGGUCUGUGCUAAAGUUAGAGAUGGAGAAGCUAUCCCUGAAAAAUGAUACUGAUAAAGCCUCCAAAGAACGGUUGAGCAAGCUGGAACAUGAUUUAGACUCCCUUAAACAGAAACAGAAAGAACUCACAGAACAAUGGGAACAUGAAAAGUCACUUAUGACUCGGAUACGAUCAAUUAAAGAGGAGAUUGAUAGAGUUAACCUUGAGAUGGAGGCUGCUGAGAGGGAGUAUGAUUUGAACCGUGCUGCUGAACUAAAGUAUGGAACCUUGAUGUCUCUUCAGCGCCAGUUGGAAGAGGCUGAGAAGAACCUCUCUGACUUCCAGAAGUCUGGUAAUUCCAUGCUUAGGGAAGAGGUCUCUGACCUUGAUAUUGCUGAAAUUGUAAGCAAGUGGACUGGCAUCCCAUUGUCAAACCUGCAGCAGUCAGAGAGGGACAAGCUAGUCUUGCUAGAAGAGGUUCUUCACAAGAGGGUUGUUGGUCAAGAUAUUGCUGUCAAAUCGGUGGCUGAUGCAAUCCGACGUUCAAGAGCUGGACUAUCAGACCCAAACAGGCCUAUAGCAAGCUUCAUGUUCAUGGGCCCAACUGGGGUUGGUAAGACGGAGCUUGCAAAGGCCCUUGCAGGAUACCUUUUCAACACAGAGAAUGCACUUGUAAGGAUUGACAUGAGUGAAUACAUGGAAAAACAUGCAGUUGCACGCUUGGUAGGUGCUCCACCUGGCUAUGUUGGUUAUGAAGAAGGUGGGCAGCUGACUGAAGUGGUUCGUAGAAGGCCAUAUUCUGUUGUCCUGUUUGAUGAGAUUGAGAAGGCACAUCAAGAUGUUUUUAAUAUUCUAUUACAGCUAUUGGAUGAUGGAAGGAUAACUGAUUCACAGGGCAGGACAGUUAGUUUUACAAACUGUGUUGUGAUAAUGACUUCAAACCUUGGAUCCCAUUAUAUCCUUGAAACACUUAGAAACACAAAGGAUACCAAGGAUGCAGUGUAUGAUAUGAUGAAAAGGCAGGUUGUAGAGUUGGCAAGACAGACUUUUCGUCCUGAGUUCAUGAACCGGAUUGAUGAGUAUAUUGUUUUCCAGCCACUGGACUCAAAGGAGAUUGGUAGGAUUGUGGAGAUACAGCUUAAUCGUCUGAAAGACAGGCUUAAACAAAGGAAGAUUGAUCUCCAUUACACACGUGAAGCUGUUGAUCUCCUAGGUACCCUCGGCUUUGAUCCAAAUUAUGGAGCAAGGCCAGUUAAGAGGGUAAUACAACAGAUGGUUGAGAAUGAAAUUGCAAUGGGGGUCUUGCGAGGAAACUUUAAGGAAGACGACUCUGUUGUUGUUGAUGCUGAUAUGUCUCCGUCAGCAAAGGAUCUUCCUCCUCAUAGCAGAUUGGUUAUCAAGAAAUUGGAAACCAAUUCUCCUAUGGAUGCUAUGGUCGUCAAUGACUGAUGCUGUGUAUUCAAAUGCUCUGCAAGAUUAAAAUGAGAUGUUUCCAUUUCAUGUGUCCAAACUGGCUGUGGAUACCGGCUACUUCAACUUACUGGGGGUCUUCCUUUAUUUUUAUUUUCUUUUUCCUUUUAUCUCUGUUUUUCACUUCUCAUUAUGCUCAAUCAGGCUUUAGAUGCCAAGUUUUAA